AGUCAUUUGUUUGGUACAGUAUUACGAUUCAUAAAAAUCGUUUUCUUUGUUAACUUGAGUUAGAAAUAAUAGACAAACAAAUAUUUGGCAAAAAUGAAGAUUCUUAUGUUAGGUAUUUGUCUAUUUAUAAUCGGGUGCACACAAACAGCACCCGUACCUGAUGAUCAGUACCAGAUUGGCACCGGAAUCGCUGAUAUUACAGGACCGGCAGCUGAGAUCAAUAUGAUGGGUUACGCAAAGUUGGGUCAGGACACCAGUGGUAUUCACUUAAGACUGUUUAGUAGGGCUGUCAUAAUAGUGGACAACACAGGCAAUAGGAUUCUGUAUAUCACUGCAGAUCUUCAGGGAAUCGCACAGAUAAUCAAAAUGGAAGUAGUGAAAGCACUGGAAGCCAAAUAUAAGGAUCUCUAUCAUCACGAGAAUGUGUUAAUUAGCGCAACGCAUACCCAUUCAGGACCGGGAGGUUUCUUCCAGUAUUUAUUGUACAUAUUUACGACCGAGGGUUUCAUUAAAGAUAGUUAUCAGGAUAUAGUCGAUGGUAUCAUGAAAAGUAUAGACAUGGCUCACAAUAAUCUCAAACCUGGAUAUAUCUACUGGAAUGAGGGGGAGUUGACUGACUCGAGUGUCAAUAGAAGUCCCGCCGCUUAUGAUAACAAUCCCAAAGAGGAAAAGGAUAAAUACAAAUAUAAUACCGAUAAGAUAAUGAACUCAAUGAAAUUCACUGACUUGAAUGGUGAGCCACUAGCCCUGGUCAAUUGGCACGCUGUCCAUUGUGUGUCUAUGAAUAACUCAAACACUUUGAUUAGUAGCGAUAAUAAGGGAUAUGCGUCCCUGUUAUUUGAGUCCGAAAUAAAUAAGGGACUGCCGGGAAAGGGCCCAUUUAUAGCCAUCUUUUCACAAGCAAAUGAAGGCGAUUCCACACCCAAUACGGCUGGUCCUCGAUGUAUAGAUACCGGACUUCCUUGUGAUUUGGUACACAGCACUUGCGGUGGAAAGAACGAGAAGUGCAUAGCCUUUGGUCCGGGGAAAGACAUGUUUGAAUCGACACAAAUCAUUGCACAAAAACAGUACCAAAAGGCCAAAGAGCUGUUCGUCAGCACCAGUCAAACCAAACUGAAGGGAAGCAUUGAAUACAUCUAUCAGAACAUAGAUAUGUCUGACUAUGAAGUGGUUUUAUCGGCCAACCAGACCGUCAAGACAUGCAAACCAGCACUAGGUUUCUCUUUCGGCGCCGGUACUACUGAUGGAGAGGGAGCUACUAUGUUCAAACAGGGAACCCAUUCAGGAGAAGAACCCAAAUUCUGGGAUUUCAUCCGCAAUCUGAUCACAACACCGACCAAACAGAUCACUGACUGUCAGGCGCCGAAAGCCAUUCUCCUACCGGUUGGCGAAAUGACUUUCCCCUACCAGUGGGCACCUAAUCUGAUGCCAACCCAGCUCUUAAGAAUAGGCAAUGUAGUGAUCGCCGGACUUCCCGGUGAGUUCACCACAAUGUCCGGCAGAAGGAUGAGAGACGCCAUCACCAAAGCCUUCGCAGAUAACGGACAGGAAGUAAAGGUGACGCUCACGGGUUUGGCCAACACUUACAGCAAUUAUAUCGCGACGUAUGAAGAAUAUCAGGUCCAGAGAUACGAAGGCGGGUCCACAAUGUAUGGCCCGCACACUCUCCAGGCAUAUAUCCAACAGUUCACAUAUUUGGCUAACAAUAUGGCUAAACAAACUCGUGUAGCGCCGGGACCUGUGUUUCCAAACCUUCUUAAGGAUGAGAUAACAGUAAAACCCGGAGUCGUUUUGGACGAACCAAAGAUUGGACACAAAUUCGGGGAUGUGUUGACGAAUCCAAAGGACACAUAUCAUACGGGAAGUGAAGUUAUGGUGACCUUUGUUGGCGCCCACCCCCGCAAUAAUGCCAAACUUCAAUCAACAUACCUGACCGUUGAGAAACAAAACGGUGACAAAUGGGAUGUGAUCGCCACCGAUGCUAACUGGGAGACUAAAUUCCAUUGGAGGAGAACUAAUGCUGUGUUAGGCUAUAGUGAAGUGGAUGUCAUUUGGAGUAUUGCGGCCAAUACUCCGAGUGGUAACUAUAGGAUCCAAUACUUCGGUGACCACAAGAACCUGUUGGGACACAUCACACCAUUCACUGCUACCUCCAACACAUUUCAAGUUUUUAUGCUGGGUAUUUGUCUGUUUACGAUCGGGUGUAUACAAACAGUGCCCGUACCCGAUGAUCAGUACCAGAUUGGCACCGGAAUCGCCGAUAUUACAGGACCGGCAGCUGAGAUCAAUAUGAUGGGUUACGCAAAGUUGGGUCAGGACACCAGUGGUAUUCACUUAAGACUGUUCAGUAGGGCUGUCAUAAUAGUGGACAACACAGGCAAUAGGAUUCUGUAUAUCACUGCAGAUCUUCAGGGAAUCGCAGAUAUUAUCAAAAUAGAAGUACUGAAUGCACUGGAAGCCAAAUAUAAGGAUCUCUACCAUCACGAGAAUGUGUUAAUUAGCGCAAUUCAUACCCAUUCAGGACCGGGAGGUUUCUACCAAUAUUUACUGUACAGCGUCACGACCGAGGAAGUCCCGCCGCUUAUGAUAUCUGGAUAUAUCUACUGGAAUGAGGGGGAGUUGACUGACUCGAGUGUCAAUAGAAGUCCCGUCGCUUAUGAUAACAAUCCCAAAGAGGAAAAGGAUAAAUACAAAUAUAAUACCGAUAAGACAAUGAAUUCAAUGAAGUUUACUGACUUGAAUGGUGAACCAUUAGCCCUGGUCAAUUGGCAUCCCGUUCAUUGUGUGUCUAUGAAUAACUCAAACACUUUGAUUAGUAGCGAUAAUAAGGGAUAUGCAUCCCUAUUAUUUGAGGCCGAUUAUAAUAAGGGACAAUUACCCGGGAAGGGCCCAUUUAUAGCCAUCUUUUCACAAGCAAAUGAAGGCGAUUCCACACCCAAUACGGCUGGUCCUCGAUGUAUAGAUACCGGACUUCCCUGUGAUUACGUUAGCAGCACUUGUGGUGGAAAUAACGAGAAGUGCAUAGCCUUUGGUCCGGGGAAAGACAUGUUUGAAUCGACACAAAUCAUUGCACAAAAACAGUACCAAAAGGCCAAAGAGCUGUUCGUCAGCACAAAUCAAACCAAACUGAAGGGAAGAAUUGAAUACAUCUAUCAGAACAUAGAUAUGUCUGACUAUGAAGUGGUUUUGUCGGCCAACCAGACCGUCAAGACAUGUAAAGCUGCGUUGGGCUACUCGUUUGGGGCCGGGACUACCGAUGGAGAGGGGGCUACUUUUUUCAAACAGGGGACUCGUGAGGGACAGGAGUCUGUAUUCUGGGACUUAGUCCGUGAUGUGAUCACAACACCGUCUAAAGAGAUGACUGAAUGUCAGGCCCCGAAGGCCAUACUCCUAGCGGUGGGCGAAAUGAAUUUGCCCUAUCAGUGGACGCCUGAUCUCAUGGCAACCCAGUUGUUCAGAAUAGGCGAUGUAGUGAUCGCCGGAUUUCCCGGUGAGUUAACCACAAUGUCUGGUCGUAGGCUGAGAGACGCCAUCACCAAAGCCUUCGCAGAUAACGGACAGGAAGUAAAGGUGACGCUCACGGGUUUGGCCAACACUUACAGCCAUUAUAUCGCGACGUAUGAAGAAUAUCAGGUCCAGAGAUACGAAGGCGGGUCCACACUGUAUGGCCCGCACACUCUCCAGGCAUAUAUCCAACAGUAUGUCUAUUUGGCUAACAAUAUGGCCAAACAAACUCGUGUAGCGCCGGGACCUGUGUUUCCAAACCUUCUUAAAAAGGAGAUAACAGUUAAACCGGGAGUUAUUGCGGACUCACCAAAGAUUGGACACAAAUUCGGGGAUGUGUUGCGGAACCCAAAUAACACAUACCAUACGGGAAGUGAAGUGAAUGCAACCUUUGUUGGCGCCAACCCUCGCAAUAACCCCAAACUGGACUUAACAUACCUGACCGUUGAGAGACAAAACGGUAACACUACGGCAUGGGAUGUGAUCGCCACCGAUGCCAACUGGGAGACCAAAUUUCAUUGGAGAAGAACUAACACUUUGUUAGGUAAUAGUGAAGUGGAUGUCAUUUGGGAUAUUCCGGCCAAUACUCCGAGUGGUAACUAUAGGAUCAGAUACUUUGGUGACAACAAGAAUAUAUUGGGAAAAAUUACACCAUUCAAUGCCACCACAAACACUUUCCAAGUGCUCUGA